GUGGUUUCCCCGCCCCAGUGACUCAGCAAAUCCGCGCCGCCUCCUCCGCCUCUUAUAAGACCCGCGGCGCCUACGGCUUAGUUGAACUGCUGCCUGGCUUGCAUCGCUAUGGCUGCUCGGCAGGCGCUGAUCGUGCUGGCCCACCCGGAGCGGACAUCCUUCAACUAUGCCAUGAAGGAGGCGGCUGUCGAGGCGCUGCAGAAGAGUGGAUGGAAGGUUACCGUCUCGGAUCUCUACACCAUGCGCUUCAACCCGGUCCUAUCCCGGGACGACGUCACCGGCAAGCCGAAGGACCCGCAGCACUUCAGCUACCCGGCCGAAACGGGGCUGGCAUGGAAAGAAGGCCGCCUGAGCAGGGACAUCGUAGAGGAGCAAAAAAAGCUGGACGCUGCGGAUCUUGUCAUCUUCCAGUUCCCUCUCCAGUGGUUUGGUGUCCCGGCCAUCUUGAAAGGGUGGUAUGAGCGUGUCCUCACUAGUGGAUUUGCCUACUCCUACAGUGCCAUGUAUGACCAGGGGCCCUUCAAGAAAAAGAAGACUCUACUUUCCUUCACCACUGGUGGGAUGGGCUCCAUGUACACCCCUGAAGGCAUCAAUGGGGACAUCAACAUCCUUCUUUGGCCAAUACAGAGUGGCACUCUCCAUUUCUGUGGUUUCCAAAUCUUGGCACCCCAGAUCGCUUUCAGUAUUGGCCAUACACCACCAGAGGCCCGUUCCCAAAUCCUGGAGAUGUGGAAGAAGAGGUUGGCAACUAUCUGGGAGGAGACACCCCUCAGCUUUGCCCCAAGCAACAACUUUGAGUUGAGCUUUGCUGGGGGCUUUCUUCUGAAGAAAGAGGUCCAGGAACAACAAGAAGAUAAAAAAUAUGGGCUGACAACUGGCCAGCAUCUGGGGAAGCCACUCCUGCCUGAUAAUCAAGUCAAAGCCCAGUAGCAAUAGGAAAUUCUGUUGGGAAAUUGGGACAGAAAAAAGGGCCUGCCUUCUGUAAUGCUAUCAGUAAGAGUUUCCUACUUUCAGUAAGAGCUAUCAGUAAGUUUCCUACUUUCACUUUCUCUGGGUACAUAGGGUCCCUGUAGGGCAGACUUUUCCCAAACUGGUGCUCUUCUGUUGUAUUUGAUUCCAGUCCCAUCAGCCCAACAGGGAGGAUGGGAGUUGAAACCCAAACUACCUGGGAGCACAACAGAUGGGAAAGCUGGUUGGGCACUCUACCAUUAAAACAGUUAGUUCUUGCCUUUUGUAUGUAGUGAAAGGCAUAUACUCCACAAUGGAGCCUGCAUUAUUACUAUUCUGCUCUUUGCAGCAUUAAGAUCCCAGCCUAUAAUCCACAGGUGGGCAACCACCACAGCCUUUCACAUUCCUCUUUGCAGCCCCCAUCUCAGCAAAGAGUACCACCAUACUGCCUUGAGCAGGCAUCCCCAAACUUCGGCCCUGCAGAUGUUUUGGACUACAAUUCCCAUCUUUCCCGACCACUGGUCCUGUUAGCUAGGGAUCAUGGGAGUUGUAGGCCAAAACAUCUAGAGGGCUGCAGUUUGGAGAUGCCUGGAGUAGAAUGUAGUUGGAUAGAACUGUAUGGAUCCACCUGGCUGCUUUUUUGCCAGCUCUUCAGUUUCUUGUCAUAGUAGUCUCAAGGUAGUGGGGGUGGGUGGGGGGAGUACAUUGCAAGAGGUAUAGCCUUUACUUCAUUAGCGACCACCCCACCAAUCCACAAUGGGUAAAACAAGCUACUUGGCAGUCAAUACCACUUGCACCAGACUUGAGCUGCCGGAGGAGAGGUGCAGUGGCAAUCUGUCUGAAGACAGCUGCACAGAUGCAGGUGAAAAGAGGGCAGCUGGGAAGAGUGGUGAAGACAACUGGGCUCCCACCUUCUCCAGCUGGAAUCGGCCACAGCACAGGAAGGCAGGGGCAGAGUUGCCUGGCAAUAAACGGUGCUCCAGUGGGUGGGGUGGGUGUGAAAAAGUGUAAUUAACUGGUGGGGAAGGUGAAGGGUUGCUUUAAAUCCUCUUAGUUUACUUGCUGGUAGUAGAGAUUAAUAUUACUUGAGAUUUUUGUACUUUGGUAAUAACUUUCAUAUGUUCUAACAAAGCCAGGUGUUGCCUCUAUUUGUCAGGUUUGUUGGAAUGUCAUGUGGAUAUUCCUCUCCUAUAGAAGUCUCUUGCGCCAGCAGAGAAAUUUAGAAUAAAAUACUUUUUUUAACCCCUC